CGCUGUGGCCUUCUGGUGGGAACCUAAGCAAUUUUCUUGGCAGAUAGUGUAGUGGAAACCGGUCUUGUUACAUUCCUAUGCAAACAAGCAGUGACAUGGCUCCUCCCACAACCCACAGUUAACCACUAUCGAGUCUUAGACACACUUGUUUGCUGCUUCUCCUCCUCCGUGGUUGUCUACACACUUCAUGGACAAGGGAGACCCCGCGGAGAAGUUAUUCUGAGUUUGUGUGAGAUUCGAGACGGUGUUGUGACACACAGGAGGAGCUCUGCCCCCAUGGAUCGUGUUGAAGGGGGCCUGGAGAAGUUCAGGGUCUUCAAGAAGGAUGACUUUGAGGCUGACUGGAUUAAGGUGACAGAACGCAGCUUUGGCCAGGUCUACAGAGUGAAACUCAAGCUUUGGAGGGAAAAGUGUGCCCUGAAAAGCUUCAAUACCACACUUACUGGCACCAGUCUCUACAGGAGAAUGAUAGAGGAGGCAUCCAAGAUGGAGAAAGUGACAUUCAAGUACAUCGUGUCCGUCUACGGGGUGUGUAAUGACCCUCCCUCCAUGGUGAUGGAGUACAUGAGUAAUGGCUCCCUGGAUCGUCUCCUCACCAGCCACGUGUUGAUGUGGCCCAAGAAGUUCCAGAUGGUUCACGAGGUCACCAUGGGCAUGAACUUCCUUCAUAGCAUGAACCCUCCACUUCUCCACCUGAACCUGAAGCCUUCAAACAUCCUUCUAGACGAUCACCUCCACAUCAAGAUUUCAGAUUUUGGCUUAAUUAAGUGGGAGGAGGCUGGGAACAAGAAGGAAUUCAUUGAAAAUUUGACUGCGAGAGGGAACAUUUUCUACAUACCUCCAGAGACAUUCACCCUGUCCCCUGAGCAUCCGGGAACCAAGUUCGAUGUUUACAGCUUCUCUAUUGUGAUGUGGGAAAUCCUGACCCAGAAGAGACCUUAUCAAGCUGGGAAACAAAGCAGUACAACGACAGUGCUGAUGAAGGUGUCAUCAGGUAGAAGGCCAGGCUUGGAAAAUAUCCCUGAUGACAAGCCACAAGAAUGUGAGCAGAUGAUCACAAUAAUGCAACAGUGCUGGGAUCAGGAUCCCAGAGAGAGGCCAGAUUUCUCAGACACUGUUCGAAAGACAGAAGCUCUGAGCGACGUCCUGGGAAUAGGUGGACGUAGCAACGGGGAUAAGACACACAAACCUGAUUAUACCAUGCUGUCGCCGAGCUUCAGAAGAAAAUCCACAUGCUCACUCGCCAACCCUCCAGACAUGAGCAACACCAGGGAUGACAUUCUCAAUAUUCUAUCAAGGAAAGACUUUGAAAACUUCAGACAGGCCCUUAGAAAGGAGCAUGUGUCUAUGCUCUUCAAAGACAACAACACUCUUCUCCACUACACAGUGGUUAGUGGUGACACAGAGAGUGUGAAGCAUGUUUUGAGUCUUGGUGCGGAGGUAAACUCACAGAGCGUCAGAGGAUACACCCCUCUCAUUGUGGCUGUGCUUCACAAGUUCCACGAGAUAUGCUCCUUGCUGACGGAGCACGAGGCAGACGUUAAACUUGGAGAUGGGGACCAGUGGACUCCUCUGCACUUUGCCGCUCAAAGCGACGACAGCAGAGUUGUCCGUCUGCUACUGGACAGUGGCGCCCAGCCUAGCGUUAAGGAGAAAGCCGGGUGGACGCCGCUUCACCUGGCCACUCAGAACGGCCACGAGAACGUCGUGCGUCUCCUCCUGACGCGGAUGGGGAGCGCCGACGAGCACGAGGAGAUCCACGGGAGGACGGCGCUCCACGUGGCGAGUGUGUACGGCCACCUCGCCAUCGCCAAGCUCCUGCUCAGUAAGGGAGUUGACCCCAACGGGACGGACCACUCCCUGACCACCGCUCUACACCUGGCAGCCGAGGAGGGCCACAACAGGGUAGCCAGGCAGCUGGUGACAGCUGGCGCCGAUGUCAACUCACCGGACAGCCGGCACUACACCCCAUUACACUUCGCCGCCCUCAAGGGACACACGGGCAUCUGCAGGCUACUGUUGGGCAACGGGGCGAAUCCCGACCCCAGGACCCUCCAGGGUUGGACGCCCAUGCACUUGGCGGCGCUGAAGGGCCACGCGACCACCGUGCUGGAACUAGAAGCCCACCAGGGCUCUAUGGACCUGCCAGGAAAGGGUGGCUGGACACCCCUCCACUUGGCCUGCCACCACGGGCAAGAGGAAGUGGUGUCCAAGCUGCUGUCGGCCAAGGCCAAUCCCGACAUGGCAGAGGAUAGCGGCUGGACGGCGCUCCACUUGGCGUGUAACGGCGGCCUUUUCCCCAGUGUGCUCCAGCUCAUCUCGCAUCGGGCCAACGUCAACGCUCUGAACAAGAGCCAGGCCACCCCAUUACAUCUGGCUGCCCAGAACGGCAGUGUUCCCAUUAUCAAAGCCCUGCUAAUGAACGGGGCAGAGAGGAGUAGUAAGGACUCGACAGGCUGCACAGCCCUAUCCCUGGCCAGGAAGUGUCAGAAAGAGGAGGUAGUGCAGCUACUGGAGGACAGUUAAUGAGUCUUUCACACUACUGUGCCGAACCGAGCCGCACCAUACCAAGCUGUACUGAGCUGAGCUGAACCGAGCCGAGCCAAACAAAGCUGUACUGAGCUGGUCUGGUUACAUAUCCACCAUUGUUGCUGGAACUGUGCUAAAAAAUAGUAAUGUGAGAAUAAACUAUCCGAGCCAGUACAAUUUGUUUCGGGUUGGCAAGCUGGUGUAAAAAGGGUACUAGAAUGCCAACAACGGCAUGUUGAACGAUAACUCUGGACAGGGUAACACUGAUGUCAGGCUUACUGACUAAGAAGUACAGUACAUCACUGUUGGGAAAAGUGUAUUGAUACUCUAUUGAUUUAUGUCUCUACGGUGUCUACGCUGUAAUUGGGAAUGUUAUUCGGAAUGCUCAAUAUUAUAUUACAUUGUUAUGUUAAUUUAAAUUGUUUAAUUAUUUUUUCUCCAGUGGUCAAGGAUGACCUUACUGUCUGUU